GUGGCACAACAGCUGAAAUUGAGAAAAAGAUUAUAGAAGCUUUUGAGGUGUUUGACCGUGAAUGCAAUAAAACUGUGGAUGUCAGAGAUAUUGGUCCAAUUGUCAGGUCACUCGGUUGCUUCCCAACUGAGGCAGAUCUACAGGAACUGCUUGCAAAGGUAGAAGAAGAAGACCCGGCAGGCUACAUUCAUCUGGAAAAAUUCCUUCCAGUGAUGACAAAAGUCCUUCUUAACAGAAGCUACCGGCCUAUUCCAGAAGAUGUUCUUCUACAUGCAUUUGAGGCUUUGGAUAAGAAUAAAUGUGGAUAUAUUACUAAAGAGGAGCUAGUGAAAUAUAUGACUGAAGAAGGUGAGCCCUUUACUCAGGAAGAAAUGGACAACAUGCUCGCUGCUGCUCUAGAUCCAGAAACAAAUACUGUUCGCUACAGAGACUACCUUUCAAAGUUGGUAAUAGAUGAAACUCAAGAUCUGCCCCUUUAG